GCAGGUAACGCAGCUUAGCGUCCUGGUGAGUUGGCAGGUAGGUGGGGUGGGACCACUUGCUUGUCAGCUCAUUAAUUUUAAGCAGCUAGUUUGGAGGUGCUGCAGGCCAGGCGGUAGGUAGUAGGGCUGUGGAAAGGUAAGAGGUGACCCGGGAUGCCGGUGGCGGGGGAAGAAAAGAGGAGCCUCGAAGAGCUUGGAGGCAAAAUUGUACUUGGGUUCCAGCUCCCUGCAUCCCUUCUGCCCGGAGUGUGAGAGAACACUUCUUUUUAAGACUGCACUGGCCGAGAAGGCCUCCGUCCCAGGGGAGGACAGGCAUCUACACGGGGCAGAGACCCCGGCUACCUGCCGGGUGCGUCCCCCUCCCCCCCUCCAUCAGGAACGCCAGCUUUCGCACCCCCCAAGUCCCCCGCCCCCACCUCCUCAUUGGUGCUGGUUGACAGCGCUUGGCUUCAGCGCCUCCGCUUCGCGUUUGAAUCUGGCUCGCCCCUCCGUAUUAUGUCUGCACUCCGAAGGAAAUUUGGGGACGAUUACCAGGUAGUGACCACUUCGUCGAGCGGCUCGGGCUUGCAGCCCCAGGGUCCGGGUCAGGGCCCACAGCAGCAGCAGCUGGUCCCCAAAAAGAAGCGGCAGCGCUUCGUGGACAAGAACGGCCGCUGCAAUGUGCAGCACGGGAACCUGGGCAGCGAGACCAGCCGCUACCUCUCCGACCUCUUCACCACGCUGGUGGACCUCAAGUGGCGCUGGAACCUCUUCAUCUUCAUCCUCACCUACACCGUGGCUUGGCUCUUCAUGGCGUCCAUGUGGUGGGUGAUCGCUUACACCCGGGGCGACCUGAACAAAGCCCACGUCGGCAACUACACCCCCUGCGUGGCCAACGUCUACAACUUCCCCUCUGCCUUCCUCUUCUUCAUCGAGACCGAGGCCACCAUCGGCUAUGGCUACCGUUACAUCACCGACAAGUGCCCCGAGGGCAUCAUCCUGUUCCUCUUCCAGUCCAUCCUGGGCUCCAUCGUGGACGCCUUCCUCAUCGGCUGCAUGUUCAUCAAGAUGUCCCAGCCAAAGAAGCGCGCCGAGACCCUCAUGUUCAGCGAGCACGCGGUGAUCUCCAUGAGGGACGGCAAACUCACGCUCAUGUUCCGGGUGGGCAACCUGCGCAACAGCCACAUGGUCUCGGCGCAGAUCCGCUGCAAGCUGCUCAAAUCUCGGCAGACACCUGAGGGUGAGUUCCUUCCCCUUGACCAACUUGAACUGGAUGUAGGUUUUAGCACAGGGGCAGAUCAACUUUUCCUUGUGUCCCCCCUCACAAUUUGCCACGUGAUUGAUGCCAAAAGCCCCUUUUAUGACCUAUCCCAGCGAAGCAUGCAAACUGAACAGUUCGAGAUUGUCGUCAUCCUAGAAGGCAUUGUGGAAACCACUGGGAUGACUUGUCAAGCCCGAACAUCAUACACUGAAGAUGAAGUUCUUUGGGGUCAUCGCUUUUUUCCUGUGAUUUCCUUAGAAGAAGGGUUCUUUAAAGUUGAUUACUCCCAGUUUCAUGCAACAUUUGAAGUCCCCACACCACCUUACAGUGUGAAGGAGCAGGAGGAAAUGCUUCUUAUGUCAUCUCCUUUAAUAGCACCAGCCAUAACUAACAGCAAGGAAAGACACAAUUCUGUAGAGUGCUUAGAUGGACUAGAUGACAUCAGCACAAAACUUCCAUCAAAGCUGCAGAAAAUUACUGGAAGAGAAGACUUUCCCAAAAAACUCUUGAGGAUGAGUUCUACGACAUCAGAAAAAGCCUACAGUUUAGGUGAUUUGCCCAUGAAACUACAACGAAUAAGUUCGGUUCCUGGUAAUUCAGAAGAAAAACUAGUAUCUAAAACCGCUAAGAUGUUAUCUGAUCCCAUGAGCCAGUCUGUGGCUGAUUUGCCACCAAAGCUUCAAAAAAUGGCUGGAGGACCAGCCAGGAUGGAAGGAAAUCUUCCAGCUAAAUUAAGAAAAAUGAACUCUGAUCGCUUCACAUAACAAAACACUCUAUUAGGCAUUAUUUAAUGUUUUGGUUUAGUAUUAGUCAACUAUUUGGCUAAUGAGAUAAUCCUCCUUAAGAAAUAUGAGAGAAGUCUUCAUCACCAAGUUUUGUUCUUAUGGAGAACACAAAGUUCUGAAGGAAGGACACCAUAACAGUCAUUAAUGGGCAUGUAUUACCACAUCGAGCAUGCAAUAAUGUGCAAAUUUUGCAUUUAGUUUUAUGGCAUGAUUUAUAUAUGGCAUAUUUAUAUUGUAUAUUCUGGAAAAAUAUAUAAAUAUAUAUUUGAAGUGGAGAUAUUCUCCUCACCAUUUCUAAUAUAUGUAUUUAAGCCAAACAUGAGUGGAUAGCAUUCAGGGCGAUAAAGCUGUAUACAUACAUGCAUACAUACAUACAUACACAUAUACCCACAUGCACAUAUAAAUAGUAUAUAUACACAUACAUACAUAUGUAUCUAAUAUAAAUUGCAAUGUUUUGUUCAGAGUUGUAAUUCUUGUGCAUGUUUACUUUAUUAGAGUAGGAAGGUUGCUGGCAUUAAUUAAUACCAAAUAUUUUAGCCUUAAAUAAUUUGUCCUUUAAAAUCUGAUUUAAUAUUCUCUAUUGUUAAGGUAACAGAGGGUUUUCAAAUGUAUAUCAUCAUGAAUGAUUCACAGAAGAGUUAGCUAUUAAUGGCCCUACAGAAAUACAAUUAUUAUGUAUUUAAUUUGUAAGUUUUUGAGAAUCCCAGUAUAUGGAAUAUAUUACAAAACUUACGAAUUUUCAAAGUUGUUGGAUCUGGGCUAAGUAAAAGCUGACCAAUUUUAGUCCAAUAAUUAUAUAUAAUUAUAUUAUAAUUUAGACCAAUAAUUAGUCCUGUCCUAGACUACCUAAUAUCUGCAAAUUCGAUUUCAACACAGUCUAGUGAAAAUAUGAGCUGAACAAAUAUUAAGUCAUUGUAAUAAGCCAGUUGCCAAGUUUUAUUUGAAAAUGUCAAGCCUGUGUGAAGUAACCUAGUAAAUGGUCUGGGUUUCAAGGAACCAAUUGCAAAUAUUGCACUCUUUUUCUGGAACUUUUGUCUGCUAAGAAAAAUCCAAUAAUUAAUCUUCAAGGAGAAAUGGCAGUGCAAAGAAGCAGAUGUCAAAUGUGUAUGCUUAAAAUAUGUAUGUCUAACUGUGUCUCUUUCUUAUGCUGUUCUCUUAUUUAUAGAAUUUUUGUUAAAGGAUAAACUUUUUCCUCACCCGGGAAACCUACUAGUCCUAUCACUCAUAAUUCAGCAUGAGUGUUUAGGCAGACAUGAUAGAAAUUAAGAGUAGGUGAAUUGACAAUAUAGCAUACACAGGAUUUUUUGUUUGUUUGUUUGUUGUUAAAUAUAGAUUUUUAUGAUGCCAUGGAUCCCUGGAAUCUCCAAAUAAUUUUAGCAGUACUACUUUACUAAUCUUAGUAUUAGACAAUUAUGAUGUAUUAGCAAAAUAAAACCUUGAUGAGCACUACACCUUCAACAUAAUGAUUUAGAAUGCAGAGAUUUCUGUGAAAAUUUGAAAGUGCCCUUUAUCAAAAGAAAACAAGUCAUAGGAAUACCUGUAAAAUUUCUUUGAACAUUGCAAUCUAAGUCUGCUCAAAAGAAUUCACUUAUAAUUAAUAUGUAAGUCACUGGUUGCUGGCUUGGGCUUGCAUCAUUUCUUAUGUUUUAGCAAUCCUGUGAUGAUUUUAUUAUUGGCAAAUUAUUACAUCAACAAUCUUUCAUUGACUAUAAUAACACCUUCUGGCUACCUCUGUAUCAACCAAAUUCUGUGUGUGUGUGUGUGUGUGUAUGUGUGUGUUUAUGUACACACACACACACACACACACACACACACACACAUAUAUAUAUACAUAUAUAUACAUACAUAUAUACCAGGAAAUGGUUAUUGGAAAAAUGAUCAACUUUUAGCAUCCAUCCACUGUGAAUAGAGCAGUUGCCCUACUCCUUGACCACUAAAUGUUCUAAUUUGCUAGAUGAAAUGUAUGAGACAGUAGCAGACAGAGACAGGGGUCCAGAGGACAUGGUGUAUUCUUUAGCAGUGAAAAAAACUGAAUAGAUCAUUUAGUAUAACACCUUAAAACCAAAAAAGAGCCAUAAUGUACUUUGGAGAGUCAUUUUGAAUUUGGUUUUGGUACCAUAAAGACUAACCAAAAGCUGACUCUCUGAAUGUAUUUAUUCAUUAACAGAAAUUUUGCAUGCCUUCUAUAUACUAGGCAUUUCUUAGUUCCUGGUGAUUUAGGCAUGACUAUAUUUAGAGAAAACUGCUCAAAAUGAACACUGUGUAUCAGCAGGAUAGUAGGGGGAGUCAAACAAAACACAAAUGAGAGAGCAUCAGUAGUCAUAGUUUCAAUUCAAAGAAUUAAAACAGGAUAACAAUGACUCUGUGAGGUAAUAAUAAUUAGGUUAAAUAAAGUAACACUUAGGGAUUAGGUUAAUAGUAGGGCAGAUACUUGAAUGUUGAGAAUUGAGAAAACAAUAAUGUUGCCAAAAUACAUCAUCUAAGUGAAUGGUAUUCUUUAUAUUUUCCACAUAUAUGUGGGGAAAGUAUGAUUUCUGCAUGUACUUGCAGUUUAACCCCUAUUUUUAGGUUGGGCACAGAACCCCAUCUACCUAGGAAACUGCAGUUUCCACCUGUUGUACCUGUGUAAUUAUUAGUAUCACCCUCUUUCACUCGUAUAAUGUUCUGGUUUGAAUGAUAUAUGGUCAAGUUUUGUUGAAACUAACAAAAUUAUGAAAUCUGAUAUAUUUGGAUAAAAAUAAAGAAUUGCUUUUCUUCUCUUU